CAUGGAUAUGGCUAAUCAAAAUCAGAAAAGGAAAAGCACAGGUAGGAAAAAGAUUGAGAUCAAGAAACUUGACAAAGAGUCCAACAAACAAGUGACAUUCUCAAAAAGAAGACAAGGUUUAUUCAAAAAAGCAAGUGAACUUUGUAUCCUAUGUGAUGUUCAUGCAUCCAUCAUUGUUUUUUCUGGUGCUCACAAGCUCUUUUGUUUCGGUCAUCCCGACACCGACGCAAUUAUCGACAGUUAUGUCAAGGAAUCUCUCGAUUUCGAGAGGUUAAAGUUAGAAGAAUGUUGUUCGAUUUACAAAGAGUAUAAUAAACAAUAUGAAGAAGUGUUGAAGAUUUUGGACAUGGAGAAGGAACUUUUGGAAGUCGAAAAGUUGGCUAGGGUUUCGAAAAGAGGGGCUUGGUGGAAUGAAGAUAUUGAUGAAAUGUGUAUCGAUGAACUUCAACAAUUUAUGGUUUCUAUUUAUGAGUUUAGAGGUAAGCUUUUUGAAAGGGAUCAUCAACGUAUGAUGGAGUUUGCCAUGUUGGAGAAUUUUUAG